GACUUCAUGUGAAGGGUGACAUGCGUGACCAGAGCCGUCAAGACGGAAGUACUUGCCCACGAAGGAGCGCGCAAUGGCUUGGUUGGACUUCUCAGCGAAACCCAUGUUAAGAAAACUCUGUGACAAUUAAGAGAGUGGAGGAAGGGUGGAGGAAGUCCUGGAGAAGGACUGUCCAGAGAGUGUCAAGGGAGCCAGGUAGGCGAUCUGCACAGAAUCUUACGAACGGAUCCGAGUGAAGGACAUGAUGAACCUUUAAGUUCAGAUGGUAUGAGCAUGGGCAGAGCAACCCGCACCCAGAUAAGGAUUUGCCAGGCGGCAACGAGGCGUGCCCACGGAUGGUCUCGACGUUGUUAGGGUAUCAAUCCAACCCAUGCUUUGAUGAUCGGCCUGUGCCAGUCCUGGCUAGCAGGGCGGGGCCACGCGAUGGGAUGCUCUUAGCACUUGCACGGUUCGCCGUACCCUGGCGCGGCUUCAUGCGCGAAGUCUGCUGGCGAGGAAGCGCAGCCAGGACUGGGGAUCCUUUGGCAGUGGAGCGGCUGACAUGUCGCACUCGAAGGGUGAUGCAAUGCGCCCAUCGCCGACCAGCUGGGGUUGCUUUUGAGAAAAUGACCUCCCGACCGACGCCAUGUUGCAGAAGGGGAGGCGGAGGCUGCCGAAUUGCGACAACUGCGACCGCCUCUCUCACCAGGAAGUCGCCUCCUUUCUAUCUGGCACUCCACGAAGGCUAUCAUGGCCCUCUUGGCUGGCGACUCCUCGCCGCGCAUUCGACGGAGCAGCGGAUUGCAAAUAGUUUCUUGUCAGGACGACGGACUAGUCCGGUAAGAGUGCCGAAUGCAGCGUCAAAAUGUGGGUGCGUGCUGCUGAAACGGUGCAAAGGUGCUGUGGAAGAACUCUUGGUUACUUGGCGCGUUACCGAUGAGAGGGAAAGCCGAAAUGCCGCGCAGCCCCUCGCUCUUUCCUGGGCAACGCUGUAAGGACGGCCAGGGUGCGCAGCUUUUAGAAGGUUGGG